CUGAUUAGCAUGGAGAAUGCAAGCAGUGUGAAGGAAUUCAUCCUUUUGGGCCUCUCAGAGAAUCAAAGGGUGCAGAAAAUAUGUUUUGUGAUGUUUCUGCUCUGCUAUGUGACUAUUGUGGUGGGAAACCUGCUCAUUGUGAUCACUGUAAUUAGCAGUCAACUCCUGAACUCUCCCAUGUAUUUCUUUCUCUGCUACCUGUCCUUUGUAGACAUCUGCUACUCUUCAGUCACGGCUCCCAAAAUGAUUGCUGACUUCCUUGUGGAAUAUAAAACCAUCUCCUUGGUGGGUUGCAUGGCACAGCUGUUUGGAGUCCAUUUCUUUGGCUGCACAGAGAUCUUCAUCCUCACCGUGAUGGCCUACGACCGCUACCUUGCCAUCUGCAGACCUCUCCACUACACCACCCUGAUGACCAGGCGUGUGUGUGGCCAGCUGGUGAUGGCCUCCUGGGUGGGAGGCUUCGUGCACUCCCUCGUGCAGACUCUUCUCAUCACUCACCUUCCCUUCUGUGGUCCUAACAAAAUUGACCACUACUUCUGUGAUGUCCACCCCCUCCUACAACUGGCAUGUACCAGCACCUACUUUGUGGGCGUCAUCGUUGUUGCCAACAGUGGGAUGAUAACUUUGAGCUGUUUCGUCAUCCUGGUCACCUCCUACGUUGUCAUCCUGGUUUCCUUGAGGAGUCAAACAUCUGAAGGGAGGCACAAGGCCCUCUCGACCUGCGGGUCCCACAUCACAGUGGUGAUUCUGUUCUUUGGGCCAUGCACCUUCAUCUACAUACGCCCAUCCAGCCACCUGUCAGAGGACAAGAGAGUGGCAGUGUUCUACACUCUCAUCACCCCCAUGCUGAACCCACUCAUCUACACCCUAAGAAAUGCAGAGGUGAAGAGUGCCAUGAGAAAACUCUGGGCCAGGAAAGUGGGAAGGGAAAAUGGAAAGGUGUAG